UUUAGGGGGAUUCAGCUUCGUCUUCGUUCGAAAGAGAGGCGGAGCAGCGACGACCCCUCCCUUCAUCUCCGGGCAUCAGCGGCGGCAACCUUCUCCGACCCCAUCUCCGGCCUCCCUCUAAAUCUCAUUAUUCUUAUUGUUUUUCUUCUUCAGAACCCCCGAAAUCCACUGUUCAUCAACUUCCUCACGACAUAGAACCAGCGGCGGCGGUGAAUCCAUUCCGAUCUCCACCUCCAAUUUCUCAUCUCUCUUUUUCUCUUACACCCUCUCUCUUUCUUCUUUUUCUUCUUCUUCUUCUUCUUCUCCUUAGUCUUCACUCUUUCCCUUUCCCUGUUCAUCAUCCCCGUUGCAGCGGCGGGUUCAAACCGGCAACAGUGGUGAGUGGCGGCGUUGAACAGGAACGAUGACUGAUCCAUCCUCGUCAGUUUCAAGUGAAACCCGCGCCUAGAUCGUUGAACAUCUUCCAGUUUUCGGUUGAAGCUACCAAUCGCCAUUGUCGAUAGAAGAAAGGAACUCAGGAGCGCAUCUCGCACUCAGCCAAUCCCAGAUACCCUGUCAUAUUCGUUCCUGGAUCUAUCGAGCUCUUCCCAAGAAAGCAAUCUCUAUUUACAGCCCGAGGUUCGGAGAAAUAGAUCAACAACAUCACGAGCCCGGUAUCUGUGCUCCAUCGAACGAUUUCAGGCGACAACGUGAUUUAGGUAUUGGAAGUAACUACAUUGUUCUAGGUAAAAGAUCCUAAUGGCUACAUCAGAAGAAAACAAUGCACUAUUCCCAAUCUUCAUUUUGACCAUAAUGGCACUGCCUUUAGUGCCUUACACAAUACUCAAGUUAUGCCGUGCUGCCUCUAAAAAGACAAAGAGCAUACAUUGUUCAUGUUCCGUAUGUACACAUUCGGGAAAGUACCGCAAAUCCAUAUUUAAGCGGAUAUCAAACUUCUCAACUUGUAGUAACUUGACACUUGUUCUUCUCUGGAUCAUCAUGGCAUUCCUGGUUUAUUACAUUAAACAUAUAAGCCGUGAGAUCCAAGUAUUUGAGCCAUUUAGUAUUCUUGGAUUGGAACCUGGAGCUUCUGAUUCAGAAAUAAAGAAGGCCUACAGGAGGCUCUCUAUUCAAUACCAUCCUGAUAAAAAUCCAGAUCCAGAGGCUCACAAAUACUUUGUGGAGUUCAUAUCAAAGGCUUACCAGGCUCUAACAGAUCCUGUAUCUCGUGAAAAUUUUGAAAAGUAUGGCCAUCCGGAUGGCAGGCAGGGGAUGCAAAUGGGUAUAGCUCUCCCUCAGUUCCUGUUAAAUAUUGAUGGGGCAUCUGGUGGAAUACUUUUACUUGGGAUUGUUGGAGUGUGUAUUCUUUUGCCCUUGAUAAUGGCUGUUAUAUAUCUCUCAAGGUCGUCGAAAUAUACUGGAAACUAUGUCAUGCAUCAAACACUGUCUACUUACUAUUAUUUCAUGAAACCUUCCUUGGCCCCCAGCAAGGUUAUGGAUGUCUUUAUCAAGGCUGCUGAAUACAUGGAAAUUCCAGUUCGUAGGAGUGAUACUGAACCCCUUCAGAAACUGUUCAUGUUAGUUCGAAGUGAGUUGAACCUAGAUCUUAAGAAUAUUAAGCAAGAGCAAGCAAAGUUCUGGAAGCAGCAUCCUUCCCUUGUGAAGACAGAGUUGUUGAUUCAGGCUCAAUUAACCCGGGAAUCAGUGGCUUUAUCUUCAGCUUUGCAAAGUGAUUUCAGACGUGUGCUCGAACUUGCACCUCCCCUUCUUGAAGAACUAAUGAAGAUGGCAAUUAUGCCACGCAUUCCUCAGAGAUACGGAUGGCUGAGGCCAGCAAUUGGUAUCGUCGAGCUUUCUCAAAGUAUCAUCCAGGCUGUCCCUCUCAGUGCAAGAAAAGCAGCUGGAGCAUCUGCUGAAGGCAUUGCACCAUUUCUGCAGCUACCACAUUUUAAUGAGGCUGUUGUCAAAAAGAUAGCCCGCAAGAAAGUGCGUACAUUUCAAGAGCUAAGGGAUAUGAGUCCACAGGAACGUGCUGACCUGCUGACUCAAGCUGCCGGGUUUUCUGCUGCUGAAGCACAAGAUGUGGAAGUAGUCCUUGAAAUGAUGCCUUACAUAACAAUUGAAAUUACAUGUGAAACAGAAGGCGAAGAGGGCAUACAAGAAGGCGAUAUUGUUACCAUGCAUGCUUGGGUCACACUCAAGCGCAAUAAUGGCCUUGUCGGUGCACUUCCCCAUGCUCCUUACUUCCCAUUUCACAAAGAAGAGAACUACUGGUUGCUUCUUGCAGACUCUGGCUCAAAUGAAGUAUGGAUGUCCCAGAAGGUUAGUUUCAUGGAUGAAGCCACAGCUAUUACAGCAGCAUCAAAGGCCAUUCAAGAAGCAAAGGAGGGAUCAGGGGCUAGCGUGAAGGAGAUAAACGCUGCAGUUAGUGAAGCAGUUGAGAAAGUGAGGAAUGGGUCGAGAUUGGUGAUGGGUAAAUUCCAGGCCCCUGCGGAGGGAAAUUACAAUUUGACUUCCUACUGCUUGUGUGACUCAUGGAUUGGUUGUGACAAGAAGACAAAUUUGAAGUUAAAAGUUUUGAAACGAAGCCGAGCUGGGACAAGGGGUGGUCUCACGACAGAAGAGGGACCUACUGUGGAGGAUGGACUGGAGAUGGAAGAGGAUGAUGAAGAAGAUGGCUACGACGAUUAUGAGAGUGAGUAUAGUGAAGAUGAUGAGGAUGGACAAGAUACAAAGAAGACUGGUGCUUUGAGCAAUGGUGUUGCACAUGGGGAAGGAAGCGGCUCGAGUUCUGAAGGCUCAGGCACAGAUGAAGAGUGAAAACUGAUAACUUUGUUUUUCCUACUUAAAAUCUGAGUAAAGGACUUAGCUUCAACCUUAACAAGCUUACAUGAAUAAGAUAGGAUAUUAUGCACCCGUAGGGUAUUGAUAUUCCUGAUUGGCCUUUAAUUUCAAGUUAAGCACAUAAUCUUGGAUCCCCCAAAUCCAAAUUGCCCGGAAUUAUAUCUCAUGAUUUACAUAUCGAAACUCCAGAAAGGAAAUGCCUUGUCCUUUCUCUUUU